GGCCACAGCCACAGUCUUGGUUCGCGGUUUGCAGUGUGUCGACCUCUCCUCGUACGGCCACUGCUGCUCGGUAGAUCGGUCGUCUUUGGAGAACUUGGACAAGUUCUUGAUCUUCAACUGGUGGCUUAGUCGCGAGGCUCUCGGAAGCUGCCCAAUUACCAAACUAAGUUUAGUGCUUUUAUGUGGUGAAGAAAUUGCUGAACUAGAACGUGGGUGCUGAACAACAAGUCAGCGGAACCUCUACCCUAUCAACGAUCUACGCACGGACUGUGCAAUCGGCGUUCCGCUGCUAAACAGCUGAGCCAACACAGAACGCGGUGGAGUGCUGGUUCAGUGAACACCUUCAAUUAACAGUGGUGACUAGUGUAGCAAGAGAGAGCACUUUGAAGUUUGUGCGACGUCGAGAGGAAGCCUGUUACUAGGAGGAUCAUCUGAACGAUCGAUCGAUCAAUCGCUGACGUACCGAGAAAAUUGCCUCUCUCGAAACCGAAUGAAGAAUGCUGUUUGAUGGGCAGUGCUUACGGUUGUGAAUUGUGGUGGUAAACGGUAGUGAGUUGUUGCAAAGCUUGUGAUUAGACACACAUACACACACCCUAAAUAGUUGGUGAAGAGUUGUUAGUGAUAUAGCUCCUGGGUGCGAAAGUCUCCGGCGAGACUUAGAGAUAAGCGAGGAUGCAGCCGAACGAGAAUUAUAACAAUAACAUCAUCCAGGAGGAGUUCGCUCCGACGCUGACCGACAGCGACAAGAGUCCCAUCCACACAUGUGCCAGCACGUCGGCCACGGUGUUCAGCAACAGCGCAGCGACGACCCAACCCAAGGAAACCCCCAAUGGCUGCUGUUCCUCCUCCUCCGGUAGCCCCGCGGAACUGGACUGCGGCAAGCAGGAUGUCUCGUACUACAAACUGCGCCAGUUACUUAGCUACGACGACGCCCCUGCCCACCUCAAGUUCAACCCGUUCAUCCGCAGCGGCUACCGGACCAUCCUGUCCACCAAGCUCUGCUUGGAGAGCAUGUUCUGGUGGACGAACGAAACCGUCAACAUCUGGAGCCACGUCUUUGGGUGGUUCCUCUUCAUCGGGCUCGCGUACUCGGACGUGGUCCUGCUCCAGAUGCACGCCAGCAUGAUCGACAAGCUGAUCGUGGGGGCGUUGCUGGUGUGUUUUCAGGUCUGCAUGAUCCUGUCCUCGAUCUACCAUACUUUCUCCUGCAAGUCGGAGCAAAGCUAUGAGUGCUUCCUCGCGUACGACCUGUUCGGGAUCGCGCUCUCGCUGCUGGCCAUCUUCAUCAGCGGCAUCUACUACGCGUUCUGGUGCAAUGCGGAACUCCGCAACUUCUACAUCAUCACGAUCGGCGUCAUCUUCACCGUGGCCAUGAUCCUCCAGAUCCCCCGCCUCAAGGUCAACUCGAACGCCAAGAUGCUCGCGUUCGUGGCGUGGGCCGCGUACGGGGUCGUCCCGACGCUCCACUGGUACAUCGUGAUGGGCGGCGCCGAAAGUACCAUGGUCAAGCUCUUCAUACCGCGGGUGGCCAUCAUGUACCUGCUCACGGGGACGGCCUUCCUGAUCUAUGUCACCAGAAUACCGGAGCGAUGGUUCGCCGGAAAGGUCGACUACAUUGGCCACUCGCACAACUGGUGGCACGUGUUCGUGCUGGCCGCGCUCUACUACUGGCACAACAGUGGUUUGGCCUUUGCAUUUUUCAUGAUUGAUAACGGAUGUGUAGAAGAUAGAGAUAAAUGUUACCGGUUGUAAAUAGGAUCGCCGGAAAAAAAAAACAAAACAAAGCGAAAACGUUGGACGUAGUCCUACGUUACACUGAAAAAAAUGCUACACACACACAUUCCCAACAGAAUAGCUAAAAGCGCGAAAUAUUUUUAAACUUGUUUUGUUUGCGAUUUUUCUUGCCUUUUGAUUCUUGCCCCCCUUUUUUAAGUUGUUAUAUAUUUGCUUUUUUUUUCGGUGUUUCUACACACACGGGUUAAGGGUGACUUGUAAAGACAUAAGCGGACUGAUACAUAAACACAUGCAAGUUGAGAAAAUAAUAGGAUCUAACCGGAAAGAAUCCCCUCCACACCUCUCCUCCAUCGACUGACUACUAAUACAACUCACUAAGCGAAAGAGGGGCGCCCCGACGGUGACAGAACACUUUCAUAAACACUACAAGGCAUGAAAUAUGUCGAGUACCGGAUGACCCACGGAUGUUCGGCCGGGGUCCAGUACACCUGACCGCCGUCGCCGGAACUGGCCACUAAUUAGUGGGAGAGGGACCCCACCCCCAUCGACACACACACAGUGUAAACAAAAACAAAGCAAAGCAAUUUAGGGAAAGCGAGAGAACGAGAACAAUGCGGGUGCUUGUGAGGGUGUGUGCGUGCGAGAAUUUGAAGAGAGUGUGAGUGAGACAAACAGAGAGAAUCAAGAGACAGAGACAAUACGAGAGAGGGACUCGAGAGAGAGCGAAACCGUUGCUAGUGUUAUUUGCGGUAUAUUUUUAAAAUAGUCCACAGCAUUGUUGAACGUAAAUAGUUGUACAGAAAAAGUUCUAGUUAUUUUCUCCCUCUUACUCUUCUUCUUCCCCUCGUUCAAAGCGUCGUUCUAGUUAAAUAGGGCGGCGCGUAAUAGUGUUUGCUCAAAUUUACCAACUACGACUAUUUACACAGUAUAACAGUACCUUAAACUAACUGAAAACAGACAGAAAGCGCGAGAGAGAGCGAGAGGGACACGCAGUACAGGUAGUAUCAGUUACAUUUUACCAACAACCUAUAAUAAUUCGCAGUACAAGAUGUGAUCUAUUUAGCUCAACUACGGAACUAUGAAACAUACUGAUAGCCAGAGUUUAUUCAGAUUCGUUUAGUAGGACACUUUUUUAGGUCUUUCGAUAAGUAAUAAAGUUUCAAAACAGUU